GACGCGCAGCCUGGUGAGAACGGGAGCAUCUUUUCAAAAACUUCUUGCAGGGAUGGGAGCGAGCGGCAGGUGAAUUAUUCAAAAGGAACAACUAGAACAUGGAGAGGACGACUAAUAACUCGUUUUCAAAUCCAGCGGACGAGGAACUCGUCAUCGCCUCUACUUUCGGGACCCUGCUGUCCAUCGUGUACGUGAUCGGGGUGUCCGGGAACGUGUACACGCUGGCGGUGAUGUGUCACUCCAUCCGUUUCGCCACAUCCAUGUACAUUUCUAUCAUCAACCUGGCUCUGGCGGACCUGCUCUACCUGUCCACCAUUCCGUUCGUGGUGUCCACCUACUUCCUGAAGGACUGGUACUUCGGCGACGUGGGCUGUCGCGUCUUGCUGAGCCUCGACCUCCUCACCAUGCACGCCAGCAUCUUCACGCUCACGGUCAUGUGCUCCGAGCGCUACGUGGCCGUCACCAAGCCGCUGGACGCGGUGCGGCGCUCCAAGAGUUACCGCAAGGCUCUGGCGUGGGGCGUUUGGCUCCUCUCCUCGCUCCUCGCCGUGCCCAUGAUGGUGAUGGUGGCGCAGACGAGCGCCCGAAUGCCAGACGGGGGCGUGAAGAGGAUGUGCGCGCCCACGUGGGCGCCCGUCGCUUACAAAGUCUACGUGACGGCGCUGUUCGGCACCAGCAUCAUGGCGCCGGGGCUGAUUAUCGGAUACCUGUACGUCAGGCUGGCGCGCGCCUACUUGGAGUCCCAACGCAACUCGGUCAUACGCAAAGGCGGGAAGCGCUCGCCCAAACAAAAAGUUCUCCUCAUGAUCUUCACCAUCGUCUUGGUGUUCUGGGCCUGCUUCUUGCCCUUUUGGAUCUGGCAGCUGCUGCCGCUCUACCGCGGCGAGCCGCUCAGCCUGGCUUCCAGGACGCACACCUGUAUCAACUACCUGGUGGCCAGCCUCACCUACAGCAACAGUUGCAUUAACCCUUUCCUCUACACGCUCCUCACCAAGAACUACAGAGAGUAUCUGAAGAACAGACACAGGAGCUUCUACAGGUACACGUCAUCGUUUAAGCAGCGGCCACCCAGCUUGUAUUCUUGGGGUGUGUCCCCAUCUAACAGCAACCAGUUCGAGUGCAACUCAGAAACGCUCGUCAUGGCGACGUUCAAGUGAUGUGUGAGCCAUUUUCCAAAACGGCUUUUUGGAGGAGCAACGGGGAGUUCCGCAGGCGCCGACUGAGCCGGCGGACCUUGACGUCCGCUCCGUCUCCGGUGGCCGCCUCAAGGCAGAGCGGGGUCUGCGAUGGCUUGCGUGGGGUCACACGUGAAGGACACCGUGAUGGCGUAUCGGGUCCCCCAAGUCACCUUCUCCACACGGUGGAGGUUCUCGGAGCCGGAGGAAAAAAAAGACACUCUUCCUGAACGUGGGAAUUCAAAUAAAUGAUUAUCGUAAAUAAAGACAUACAAGAUGAAAUUUGUGACAUU